UAUCACCUGACCUAAUGAAUAUUCAUGAACCUUCACAAUUUUAGUACGCGUGCAUAUAUAGUAGGAGGAAAUUUUGUGUGCACUUUAUUGAUGAUCACGAUGGCUGCCCGUGUGGAGAAAAGCGGAGAGGGCCGUGGCGAAAGCUACCGUGUUGCAGUACAGACUGAGGUCCCUGAUGAUGGGCGCAAUGCUGCUGGCAAACCCAAGAAGGGCAAGAGGAAAGACAAGAAGAGGGACUUGGAGGAGCUCAAGAAAGAAAUGGAAUUUGAUGAUCACAAGAUCUCACUUGAAGAUUUGGUUAUUCGUCUGGAUUCCAACAUCACCACUGGUUUGACUGUCCAGCAAGCAGCUCAUGUGCUUGCCCGAGAUGGACCCAACUCCUUGACCCCACCCCCUAAGACACCGGAGUGGGUCAAGUUCUGCCAGCAAUUGUUUGGUGGAUUUGCCACCCUGUUGUGGAUUGGAUCUAUCCUCUGUUUCCUAGCCUAUGCUAUCGAGGCUGCCACAAAGGAUGAACCGAGCAGUGACAACUUGUACCUGGGUAUUGUGCUUGCUAGUGUUGUUAUCAUCACUGGAUGUUUCUCAUACUACCAAGAAGCCAAGAGUUCUAAGAUCAUGGAAUCUUUCAAGAACAUGGUUCCUCAGGAAGCUCUUGUGCUACGUGGCGGUGAAUGGCACUCCAUCAAUGCUGUGAAUGUCGUCCGUGGUGAUGUCGUUGAGGUCAAAGGUGGCGACAGGAUCCCGGCUGAUGUCAGAGUGGUGGAAUCUAAGUCAUUCAAGGUGGACAACUCAUCUCUGACUGGAGAGUCUGAACCUCAGUCUCGCAGCCCAGAAUUCACAAGUGAUAACCCUCUGGAGACCAAGAACAUCGCUUUCUUCUCUACCAAUGCUUCGGAAGGAACUAUGCGUGGUAUCGUCAUCAGCACUGGUGAUAACACCGUCAUGGGACGUAUUGCUGGUCUGGCCUCUGGAUUGGACGUCGGUGACACACCCAUCGCUAAGGAGAUUGAGCAUUUCAUCCACAUCAUCACAGCUGUGGCUGUCUUCUUGGGUGUAUCCUUCUUCUUCCUUUCUUUCCCUCUUGGAUACAACUGGCUUGAAGCUUGUGUCUUCCUCAUCGGAAUCAUCGUGGCUAAUGUGCCUGAGGGUCUUCUAGCCACUGUCACUGUAUGUCUGACCUUGACUGCUAAGCGUAUGGCCCACAAGAACUGUCUUGUUAAGAACCUGGAAGCCGUCGAGACCCUUGGUAGUACCUCUACCAUCUGCUCUGAUAAGACUGGUACCCUAACUCAGAACAGGAUGACCGUAGCUCACAUGUGGUUUGAUAACACCAUCGUAGAGGCAGACACAACAGAGGAUCAGAGUGGUGGUCAAUUUGACAAGUCUUCACCGACCUGGAUGGCCUUAGCUCGUAUUGCUUGUCUCUGCAACCGAUCUGAAUUCAAGGCUGGACAAGAGAAUGUCCCCAUUCUAAAGAGAGAUACAACCGGAGAUGCCUCUGAAUCUGCCCUGGUAAAGUGCGUUGAACUUUGCAUGUUCAAUGUAACCGAGUACCGUAAGAAGAACAAGAAGGUCUGUGAGAUCCCAUUCAACUCCACCAACAAAUACCAGGUUUCCAUCCAUGAGACCGAAGGAGAUGAUCGUAACCUGUUGGUCAUGAAGGGUGCUCCUGAACGUAUCUUGGACCGUUGCACAACCAUCCUAAUCAAGGGCAAGGAAAUCGAUAUGAAUGAAGAGAUGCAGACUGCUUUCAACAAUGCUUAUCUUGAGCUCGGAGGUCUGGGAGAACGUGUGCUGGGUUUCUGCCAGUGCUACCUGCCAGCUGAUCAAUUCCCUCUUGGCUUUGCAUUUGAUGCUGAUGAUGUGAACUUUCCUCUGGAGAAACUCUGCUUUGUUGGACUGAUGUCCAUGAUAGAUCCUCCUCGUGCUGCUGUACCUGAUGCUGUAGGAAAGUGCCGCUCUGCUGGAAUCAAGGUAAUCAUGGUUACUGGUGACCAUCCAAUCACAGCCAAGGCUAUCGCUAAGGGUGUCGGCAUUAUCUCUGAAGGUAAUGAGACCCGUGAUGACAUUGCUCAACGUCUUGGAAUCCCUAUUGAACAAGUCAACCCCAAGGAUGCUAAAGCGAUUGUUGUCCACGGUACUGAGCUGAAAGACAUAUCCCGUGAAGAUCUCGACGCCAUCUUGGCUGACCAUCCUGAGAUCGUCUUUGCUCGUACUUCACCUCAGCAGAAGUUGAUCAUUGUUGAAGGUUGUCAGCGUGCUGGUGCCAUCGUAGCUGUGACUGGUGAUGGUGUCAAUGAUUCUCCUGCUCUCAAGAAGGCUGAUAUUGGUGUUGCUAUGGGUAUCGCUGGGAGUGAUGUCUCCAAACAAGCAGCUGAUAUGAUCUUGCUCGAUGAUAACUUUGCCUCUAUUGUUACCGGUGUUGAAGAAGGUCGUCUGAUCUUUGACAACUUGAAGAAAUCGAUUGCAUACACUCUAACCAGUAACAUCCCUGAAAUCAGUCCUUUCCUUAUCUUCAUCUUGGCUUCUAUUCCUCUACCAUUGGGUGUCGUCACCAUCCUCUGUAUUGAUCUGGGUACUGAUCUGGUACCUGCCAUCUCCCUUGCCUAUGAAGAGGCUGAGUCUGAUAUCAUGAAACGUCGACCUCGUGAUCCUCAGAAUGACAAGCUUGUCAACGAACGUCUCAUCAGUGUUUCCUACGGACAAAUUGGUAUGAUCCAAGCUUCCGCUGGUUUCUUUGCCUACUUUGUGAUCAUGGGUGAGAAUGGAUUCCUACCCAAUGAUCUCAUCAUGUUGCGUAGCAAGUGGGACGACAAGGCAGUUCUGAAUGUGGAGGAUUCCUAUGGACAACAAUGGGGCUUCUACCAGCGUAAGCAGCUUGAAUACACCUGUCACACUGCUUUCUUUGCCUCUAUCGUGGUUGUACAAUGGGCUGAUGUCAUCAUCUGUAAGACACGACGUAACUCACUCAUCCAUCAAGGAAUGAACAACUGGGUGUUGAACUUUGGUCUGUUCUUUGAGACUGCUCUUGCUGCGUUCCUGUCCUACUGCCCUGGCCUAGAGAAUGGUCUUCGUAUGUACCCACUCAGGAUCGGAUGGUGGUUUGUUGCUUUCCCAUUCUCUCUUCUCAUCUUUGUCUAUGAUGAGUGUCGUCGCUUCAUCCUCCGUCAUAACCCUGGUGGAUGGGUUGAGCUGGAGACAUACUACUGACUCCUUCAAUCCCAAUGCUUCUACCCCGUACCAGAGACCACCACACCCUCUCCGACCCCUCCUCCUCCUCCCUCCUCAUCUGAACCAAUCAGGAUGACUCAAUCAUCCAGCCAUCCACUCAACUUCCACCCUUACACAGCCAGUCAACGGUCAUACCUUCGGGCACACCGCCCCGCCCCAUCCCCUAUCACGACAGCUAUCCUCAAAUCUCUCCCUCCUCCUGAGCUCCUAACCCCUAAACCAGAUCUUCCCUCUCGUCCCAUCAAGGAAGAUCGAUUGGAGAUGCCAGCAGCCCAAGCUCUCAUUCUCAAGUUCGCUGAUAACCUGUGCAAGCAAACUAAACAUUGCCCAGGAAAAACAUUCUCUCGGAUUCUUCACGGAACUCUUGCUUUUUUAAGAUACCCAUACUUCAUCACGAUAUGAAUUUCAAACAAACUCAAAUUUUUAUUCAUAAUACAUUUGAUUUUUAUUCUGUCAUGGUACUAUUUUAAUACUUGAAAUUUCCAUUGUAAAGCUUUAUAAAUGACUGAAAAUAGAAAACUUAUUGAAAAGUAUUCUUUAAGAAACUCAAUUGAUUCAAACAUCAUUCUAUUCAAACUCUUAUUGAUGUUUAAGUAUGCAGAUAUAUUGUUAGUAUUGAAUUUACAGGUGACAACUUUGUGUGAAUGAAAUAUUGUUGAUGUUAAUGCAAGGUUAUCAAUGAGCUUGAGAGAGAAGAAGGCUUCUACGGGGUAGUAGCAUUGGUGUCGUCAUGAUUGUAAUCAAACUAUUAAUUGGUGAAUUAUAUUGUGAAUUUGGUGAUAUAGAAGCAUUUCAUAUAAGAAAAUGCAAGUUUAGUAAGCAUUGAUGUUAUCACAAAUUAUUCAGAGUUCAUUAACAAAAAUGAGGUACAGGAUACCAUUUUCGGCUAGUUAAGAUUAUCUUUUUGGUGAAUUGUUUGGAAAUAAGAAAUUUAUUUAGAGAGUUAUGUCAGUUGAUGUGUAGACUAUGGUUGAAGGCAUAGCUCAUCAAUGCACAUUAGUAUGCACUAUACUUUGUUUGGUGUAGAGAUAAACAUCAACUAACAUAUAUCUUGUACCUCUCUUCUCUGUCCCCAAGCAAAAUAUCAGAAUUUUUUUAAAUGACCAACUGUUCUAGGGCAGUUGAUUUUAAUAAACAUUAAACAUUUUAGAAUUUGUGAUUAAAAAGUAAUAAAUGUGUUCUGGUUGUCCUUGAAUAAUAAAUUGUUUUUAACGUUCCCCUGAAA